AUGCCGUUGGGUCUCUUCCUCGGCGGCUGCAUCGUCGCCAUCCCCGUUGUUACUGGGGUCGCCGAGGGUGUCUCGGAGCAGAAGAAGCAGAAUGAGGAAGCAAACAACGAAGAGCGAAUGAUCAAAUUCAACCUGGAGGUGUUUUGCGGUGCAAGAUCGCCAAGCAAAGAUCAAGUGCAUGGUACCAUCGUGGUAUUGCGGCAUAAUAAGGCCUGGCUCUGUCCUCAAAUACCAGAAACACACACUCCAAUCCCGCAAGUCGAAGGCCUUUCCCCUCCGCUCCACCCCUUUGCCGGUUUCUAUAUACAAUAUCCGGAUGAUAAUAGAUCGCCACCCCAGCGGGGCCUAGUCAGCACGAUCUCAGAUGAUCCUCCUAUGCUCAAUUGGCUAUACGCUGAUAAAGAAACGCAAGAGAUAAAAUACGGCAAUCGCACCGCAAGUAUCGAACACUUAGUAGGGGAUUGGGAUUGGACGGAAGACCACGCUGGACUACUAUUGGAGAAGUGGGAAGGCUUCGUGGCAGUUGAUGAAGGCGAAGAGGGGAAGGACGGGCUUAAAUGGGCGCUAUACUACGAUAGAUACGACGACAAACUAGACAAGGGGAAUCUGGUGGGCGGGCAAGAAAUAUUGGAAGUCAGUCUGGAGCGGAGAGUGCAAAGCGCGGAGCAGCAGCUCAAGCAAAUGGAAGAAGCGGAGAAAAAGAUGCAAGUCAAGAGCUCCGGAGGCAUGAGCUCGCAGUUUACAGCUCCUGCCGCAGAGGCGAAAAGAAAGGCUGCUGCCGGGAAAAAGAAUUAA